AUGACGACCGGCGUUUUCAAAUACAUCGAUCCCUCAUCCUAUGUCGACAGCGACGUCCCUUUCGUGAAGCCGUGGAGCAAGGUCGAUGGUCCUGGCUACUCGUUUAAAAUGACCGAUCGUGAGCGGUCGGUGGAAAACAUUCGCGGGCAGGAAUCCAAGUUUUCCGUUGACACCUCGGGCUUCGCUGUGUACAAUUACCCGGCGAAAGAGAAGGCUUUCACAGACGACGCAAAGGUUCGAGAAGGGUAUUAUGCCGAAGUAGAGGCCCUACUACGAGAGAAGCUGCCCGGGGUGAAGAAAGUGGUCUUCUUUGAUCAUACCAUCAGAAAAAGAGAGAAAGCUUCCCCGCGCCAACCUGUUCAGCAAGUACACGUCGACCAGACGCCUAAUGCAGCCGCCGUCCGGGUGCGCAGGCAUUUACCUGCAGAAGAGGCAGAGGAGUUGUUAAAAGGCCGCUAUCAGAUCAUCAACAUCUGGCGUCCGAUAGCACACCCAGCAUCCGACUUUCCCCUCGGCGUCGUUGAUUACCGAACAACCGAGCCCUCCGACUUAAUCAAGGUUGAUCUGCUCUACCCCAAACGGCAAUCCAAUGGUGUCCACGACGAUGACGACCGGGGCAAGGAGGUUUUUCCCGACCCAAACUCCGCUUCAUCCACUGCCGGUUACGAGGUGAAGGGUGAAACCUUUGCCGUCCGGCCAAACGACAAACACAAGUUCUUCUAUAUGAAGGACAUGACGCCCGAGGAGGUCAUGCUCAUCAAGUGUUUCGACUCGGCCAGCGAAGUCAAUGGUGGCAAGAAGGGCAUAGCCGGUUACACGCCGCAUACUGCCUUUGUGGAUCCGCAGACACCUGCGGGCGCGCCUGGAAGGCAGAGCAUAGAAGUGCGAUCACUGGUCUUUUACGAAUAG